UGGUCCAGGGCAGAAGCCACACAGCACUUUGCUCUCUGAUAAGACUCCUCGGAAGAAGAAGAGCGUAAACCACCAUACUGAGCUGCCGCUUUACUUCUCAUCACAGGAGCUGGAUUUUUGGAGACGCAUCACGGUUUAUGGAGGAUGGACAUUAGAUUGUGGGAAAUAGAAGCUGAUCUUUAAUUUGGGUGUUUUUGGCUUUUUUCUUUUUAAAUAAUAAGGGAUACUUUAAAAACUUUUUAAUUGUAUCUGUUCCUAAUCGUGUCUCUUCGUUACUUUUGGACCCUUUUUACACUGGAAUGUCCCUUUGUGUUUUUCUUCCUUUAUUUUAUUAAGUUCUGGUCUUUUUCUCUGAGAAAUUUGAAUGCAGAGAUGCUUUAUCAAUAAGUUUAAAAUAUAUAAUAGGUAAAAAACAUACAAAGAAGUAACAAGCUGGAGCUUUAUUAUCUUCGAGGAUUUACUUUUUAAGGAGGACUAAAAGAGUUUGGAGAACCUUUUCGCACAUUCAAGGGGGGCAACGCAGCUGGACAGAGCUCACAGGCGCGCGCAGGUCCGCGAGGCGAGCCGCUGUUCACCCCUCCCCGCGCGCCGUGCUGAGGAGAGAGGCUCGCUCGCGCUUCCAUAAAUGCCCGGUCCGUUGGAGAGGCUCGAGGCUGGGCAGCAAGAUGAGCUCGUGGGUACAGCUGCUGCUGCUCGCGUUGCUGGCGGCAUGUGCGCGGUUUGGUGUGGCCGAGGAGGACGCUCUGCCUGCAGCCCUGGUGGAGCUGGUUAGAAACAGUCCCAUUGCUUCCAUAGAGGACCUCCAGCUGCUGCUGCUCUCUGACUCCGUAGAUGAGGAGGAAAGUAACUCUGCUGCCAAUGGAGGUCACAGACUCCCACGGAGCCUCGAUGCUCAGCCCGCUGUGCAAGCUCAGUGUAAAGUUCGCACAGAAGUGGUGGAGGUCACCAGAGCCAUGUUGGACCGCAGCAAUGCCAACUUUCUGCUGUGGCCCCCGUGUGUGGAGGUUCAGCGCUGCUCUGGCUGCUGCAACACUAAGAGCCUCCACUGCGUUCCCGUCCUCACACACACUAGAUACCUGCAGGUCAUGAAGAUUGAGUACAUCAACAAAAGACCCACUUAUGCUAAAGCUGUAGUGUCAGUGGUGGAUCAUGUGGAGUGCAGAUGUCAGACUGCUCCCCGUACCGUUGUGCUCAAGAAGAAAUCCUCUCACAGACCGCACAGCCACUUGCAUCGAAACCAGACGCUCAGCCCCGGACCUGCACAAGGACAGGUCAAAGUGCACUCAAAAGAGGAGCUCCACCAUUUGGAUGAGUUGAAACAAAACCAGAGGGCUCAUCUGGAGGAUCUCUCGCAGCACUGGGACCCCAGAGGAGACACCUUUCCUCAGCCUGAAGGGUACAGUCUGACUGAAGAAGACACUUCUCGAUCUGAGGAGGCAGUGUUGAUUUCUUCACACUGGGCUUACAAUUUCACCAAGCUUCUUGGGACUGAACAUCAUACUGAGGCCCAGGAAAAUGGGGAAAGGAAGAAUGUUGAGGUUUCUAAAGACAAAUCUGAACCCUUUGUGGGUAUUGUAGGCAUGGAAGCAAAGUUGGGAGAAGAUGGGUUCAACAGUACAGAAAGGAAUCCUAAAAUGGGACACAAAGACACACAAACUCACAAAGCCAUGUUCAAUAAUAGUGAGGAAUCCCUCAAUGAAAGAGUAAGGAACAGGUUCAGACCAACCAAAGAACCCAACCCAGACCCUCGAGAGCUGGCAGGAAGGAGAGAAAAUGAGACUCCUGACAUGGAGAGGAUGUUACAAGUCCAGGAGGAAAAAUUAGAGGCAGAGAGAAAAGAGCUUCUCCUUCUUCACAAGAGGUUGGAUGAAGAGAAGGAAUUACUGCGGCAACAGCAGAUAAAACGGGAGGAAGAAGAAAAGGUUAAAGACAAGGAGUUCGACAGUCAACAUCUCCAACAUAGAAAACAUCAUCAUCUGCAUACAACCACACCAAAACCAGAGACAACAUCCCCAACCACGCAAAAGCCAUCACCCACGAAAGACCUCCAACUGCCCAUUCGUCGAAAUUCUCCAAAAAGAAGAAGAUUAAGAAAGAAUCGCAAAAAGAUCAGCAAGGCAGCAAUGAGAGCGAUGCUCAUGUAGGACUGAAAUGUCAGGUGAGCUCAAAGUAAUAAA